AUGAUGGAAAUAGAAGCAAUGUCACUGCUGUACAAAAGAGACUUUGUUAUUUUCUUCGGUGGCCAUACCACUGAACUAAAGAAGAAGAUCGUGAUAAACAAUGGCUUCAACAAGUAUAUCUACCUCUGCCACACCCCCCCUCGACACUACGAGACAGUUUACAAGAACCAGAUAAUGGCCACUGCGGCGUUUUGUCAGUCUAUUGUUUACAAAAUUCUCUACCAAAAUGUAUUCAAAAUGCCGGACAUAGAAACGACUGUUGAGAAAAUGCUGCAUGAUGACGCGUCGUAUGAAGACAAGGCCUCUUGUACUGAGCUGAGUAUCCCGCCGAUUCCUUACAGAGUUGCCAAAGCUCUGGACCCGAAUAUUUACCGCAACACUGAUUUCGACAUUUGGUACGAAUUGAGGAGUCAAGUGAGAACCACCGGGCUCUUGCGUUGGAAUAAUUAUCGCCUGCAAGUCGGAGGAAAGUGCUUUGUUAAAAUCAGCCAAGAGGAUUUGAGCCGUCAACACGGUUAUAAUAAUCAUAAUAACAGUAAUAAAUAUAACAACAAUCUAAGAAUGAUGAACAGAGGAGAGCCUUUGAUCUUUUUUGGUCAUAUUCAGGAGAUGGCUCCCAAUAAAGGACCCGCUGUUGUCUUCAUUGAGGAUCUUGGGGAAAAUCGGACUAAUACGCAACCUCAGACUCCGCCAAAAGUACCUGCGGAGAAUCAUAAACAAAAUUUUAAUUCAGUUCCUGAAACACGAGAUUUUGAGAAGACGAACGGUGCUGAAGAUGGUAAAAAAUUUGUCGAGGAUAAGAGUUUUGACACGUGCGAGGUUCAAGAGAAAAAAGAAAUUCAAUCUAAUGGACCGAAUCCUCCGUCAAACUUUCCAGGUGAAUUAAUUCUUUGCAAUGAUAUGAACUGUAUUCAGUCAUCAAAUGAGGCGUGCUUUAACCUUCCGAAUCCGUACUGUGAUGAAAGGAAUGUCGGGGAAUCCCAUUCUUUUCCUCCAGCGGGUUUCAUAAACUACUCGAGUCAAGUUGUAAACUUCCGAGUUGCGCCAAGCCUUGAUAUUAAUGGCAAUGAUUUGCCAUACUCUGAUAUUUCUACUUUAAGAUAUUUUUUCAACUUAGGAUUGGAAUACUUCAACAUGAACCACGUGUGGUGGCCGCAAAACGAGAUCACCUAUCCAGCAGCCCCGCCAAACACACCAUUAUCACCACCUCCAUCUCCUCCGCGGUCGUUGAACAUUAUUCCCCCAGAAAAUCCUCCAGUUCCUGUGGUUGACCAGUGUUACGCUCCGCUUCCACCUCCAGUGAGUGAAAUUAUCCCGCAGCGUUACGAUAAUUCAGAUUACCACAAAAAUUACUCACCAACAAACCGUCCAAAACAGCAACAACAGCAGCGAUACACUUCUCCCGGUUUCAAUGACAAUCCUAAUGAAAAUUCGCCAUUCCAAAUGAAAAUGCCGAGUAAAAAAAAAUCUCCUACCAAUAAUAAAUUUACGAGUAAAUCCAAAAAUGAACAAGAUCAGAAGUCGUACAAUCCUCCUCAGGAAGAGAAUCAUUUCAAGCGUUACGACAAGAAGAUAAUUCACGACAACCAGAAGAAAAACCAAUCAACAGUCCCUGAAAUGCACAAUCAAUCUCCAAGCCACUGCGCGGUGCCUCAGCAGAUGAACUACGCCAGCGGCCCAUAUUACCUCAACGAAUCGGAGAACAAUGUCAGCGUCAACGUCUACGGGUCUCCUCCUCCAGGUCCUCCAGGUAACGUCUAUCCAAUUCCUUACAUUCCUCACGCCGGCGAUGUCCCAGCAGAGGUGAACAAUUUUUCCGCGCCUAUGAUGUUCACCAACCCGGGUAAUUACCCUCCAUCCUUACCACCCAUGUACCCUCCGGUCAUGUACCCACCACCGCCCUUGAUGCCGCACAUGACUCACAUGUUCAACGGGCUACCGGGUCCGAAUUCUCCAGUUGACUGGUGUGUCUCUCCCGGAGGUCAGCCGGGUUGCAUUCCGUACCCAUACCCUCCGUCACAAUCCAACGAGCCUGCAUCCUAA